CUCAGAGCAGAAACAGAAUUAUUUCAGAGCGCGGGUAGAAUCACUGGACGUCAUGGCUCUCCACUGACCAGUGGCGGCAGCACUCCGGCCUUUGGUACGUUGCGCAUCAGUGAACGGCUCGACCGGAUUCAAUCAGUCUGCCAAUCGUUACGCUGUCCGCUCCGCUUCUUUUGUUCUAAUGGGGUCGCCUGCAUCGGCUGAAAUCUCACUUCAAAUGAUAGGACGCCCUUGUAGAAGCUUCUGGAGGAAAGCUUCCGCUCCGGGCUUCAGUCCUUGCAUAGCAAGGAGAAAGACUUCAAGAGGAUUUCGAGUCUCGAUUAACCGCAUGCAGGCCAAGGUUUCUUCCUUGAGUGAUUCAAACAGCCUGAUGACUGUUGCGGAGACUUUUCAGCGAAGAGAACUACUUUUAGCAUCAUUCAUUGGGCUUAGCAUCAAUGCCCUCCAAAAUGCACUGGUCAAUACCAUGGCAAUAGCAGCUGAAUUCGCUGAUAUGCCAGCUCUACGUGGAAAGGACUAUGGAAAAACAAAAAUGCGAUAUCCAGACUACACAGAGACACAAUCUGGUCUUCAAUACAAGGAUUUACGAGAUGGCGAUGGUCCAAAACCAAAGAUGGGAGAGAUAGUUGUGGUUGAUUGGGAUGGUUACACGAUUGGAUAUUAUGGACGAAUAUUUGAAGCUCGCAACAAGACAAAAGGUGGUUCAUUUGAGGGCGAAGAUAAGGAUUUUUUCAAAUUCAAGGUUGGAUCGCAGCAGGUCAUACCAGCAUUUGAGGAAGCUAUAACUGGCAUGUCUCUUGGAGGUAUCAGGAGGAUAAUUGUACCACCUGAAUUGGGGUAUCCUGACAAUGAUUUCAAUAAACUUGGCCCAAGACCUACAACCUUUUCAGGUCAGAGAGCUCUGGAUUUUGUGCUGAGAAACCAGGGUCUUAUAGACAAGACCUUGUUGUUUGAUAUCGAACUCCUCAAAAUCAUCUCAAACUGAUCUAAUGGCAGGCCUGGCUUCUAUACUAUGGAUUAACUGCUUAAAUUUUGUGAAGGAAUUAUGCUAGGCUUGAUCCCUCAAAACUUCUCAUAUUGCUCUUGAAUCGCUGGGGCGGCCAAGUAACACUGUAGUGGCAGCAAAGUUAAGAUUGGGACUCAGCUUCCUUUUAUAAAUUCAGAUGUUUGUUAUGUAUCUUCCAUGGAAAGUGCUGUGAAAACGCUAUGGAUACUAAGAGGUAAUUUCGGCUUUUACGCUAGCUGAAGAUUAUUUACCUUUUUAAA